AACAAUCUAAUUUCCCCAGAAAUAAAUCACAGAUUAAGCCUUAUGUCCGCAAAAUUUACGAGGCCCUCCAAAUUAUGCAAGCGCACCCACUUCCUGCGGACACCAGACUCGGUUCCAACUCAGUCGCAGAUGCGACAUGAGCUAGAAUCCAAUCUCGCCAAUGUCAUUCUGAAACUAAUGAGUCCCGCUUGUCAGCAAUGGAUGGGUGUUGAUCGAAAAUUGAAAGGACCAACCAUUUACUGUGCUGACAGUGAUGAACUGAAAGACGCCAUCCACGAGCACAUACUGAAACUCGGACAGGAAGCAGAAGACAAACGGUCAAGGCGUCGUAAGCGUGUGAUCAAGAAGAAAAAUCUCAACGAAGAAGUGGAGUUUUUGAAAUUUGAAUGUCGGCAGAAAAUUGAGAUUGCUCGACAGGAAGAGCAAAACAAAAUGCAAGUGAAGCUCAGCGAGGCUAAGUCGGAAUUGGAAUACAAGUUUAGUAAAAUGAAUUCCGAAUUGGGCGAUGAUUAUUUGAGAGCAAGGAGAGAAAUGGCAAAGUUCAUGUGCAAAAACUUCAGAAAACAAGCUGCAAAUCUAAUUGAAAGGAUUGUACAGCAAUACAGAAGACACCUUGAACAAGAAGUACGCCAAAAAGUUAACGAAGAAGUACAGCGAAUGACAGGGCAAAUAGAUGAAGUUGUUCGAGCAGCAGUUGACCAUCAAAAAGAUUUGGAUACGAAAGCAAUGCAAAGGAUGUGCUACCGAUAUGAAGAGCUGAUACAAAACUUUGAGCAUCGUGAAGCUUUUCACGCUCUAACUGAACUUUCGCAGCGAAUAUGCUCCCGAUUGGCCACACUUUGUAGAUCCGCUGGAAAUCAGGAAACAUCCUGUCAAACUUCGUUCAUUAAUCCGGAACAUGUUUCAUACCAACUCGAUGCCAAUAAUUCACGUGUUUCUAUUAAAACUGAUUACUUAGAAUCUAGCGAUUAUUUAGAGGAAGAUGAUAUCUUUAUUGUUGAAGCCUGUUUCAUGACACCAGACCCCAGUCCAGUGUACAGCCCCUCCGAGGUUUCAUUAGACAGUGCACGCUCCUCAUCAUCAUCGGAACCAAUUUACGACAAAUAUAGUCAGUUCCGUUGUAAAAUGCAAGAGCAAUUGUCCCUUCUACCAAUGGUUAGUUGGGCACCUUUUUACUACAUGGAACAGUCAAGUCACUCAAUUAUGGAAACUUCAAUAAUUGGUUCAAAUAAUUCUCGGGACUCUGAAAAUAAUAUUGUAGAAGACGAAAAACCAUCCGAACGAGAAAUUCAAGUUACCAAAACUGACCUUCAGCGUGUAUCACCACCGGAAAGUUUUAAAACAUCAUCUGCAGUGGCAUCUGAGUCUUCAAUAUCGGAACUAUUUGCCUUGAAUAAAUCAAAUACUGCCAUUGAUGUGGUGGUCAAUGGUAUUACCUUGAAAUAUAUUCGAGCGAACAGAAGGAACUCUGAAUAACAAUAAAUAAUAUGAAAAUGGUAUGCUUGAAAGCAAUG